AGACUCCGUGCAGAAGAAGCACAGCAGAGUCGGGGGAGGACACAUCACACAGUCCGGGGCGCCUCGUCGUCUCCGCCUUCACCCGGACGACACAUUCAUUUAUUUUAAAAGAACACACACACACACAUAGGACAGCUUAGAAAACGGACCCCAAACUCACAACGGUGCAGGGCACGUGUGAGCCGAAAGGUAGGCGGGUAACGACGACACCUGUCUCUUCUUUUUCACGCCCAGUAACGUUACGUUACGUAAAAGACCAACCGCUAAACGAGAGCUAACGUUAGCUAAGCGCCUGAAUAAGCGGUGUGCACUCGCUAUUAAAUAUACGCUUUUUACUGAUUAGAAAUAGCUAUCACGGUGUAAAACGACGGUUUGUUUUAAGUGUGGGCAACCGUUGGCUUCGACGGCGCGAGCCGUGUUGUCGCGGCCUAGCUGCUCGCGACGUUAAAAAGGUGGUUAUCUUCAUCGCCUGACGCUAAAGUUCAGUCCAAAACAACAAUGGCACCGCCGGGUGAACCCGCUCACCGCGAGCUGUCUCCCGGUGCACGUGAGCACCCGAAGCCGCCAUCGUUAAAUAUGUAGCGUUACCUUAUUGGUGUUGUUUUAAAAAUAUUUUCGCCCGUAAACUUCGCAUCGGCGUACAAUCCAGGACACGUAAAAUCACUUCUUCUCAGGCGUGAAAAUCUGAGGCCAUCGGCGUUCAAUCAUCUUGGACGAUGACAACAUCGAUGGCUCCGCCUCCUCGGAGCGUCAAAGCGGUUCACCGAUCUACAAGCCGAGCGCGAGCGUCGGCUUCAGGCGUUUAGGCCGAUCCAACGCUUGUGAGCUCGCGCUGGUUUCCGCCGCCCCCGGAACACAACGCGUCUGUGAUUGGUUCGUUAUUGCGGGUUGCGUUUAGGGACGUCCGAAAUUAGUUGUUCAUCAGAAUACUAUGCUUUGAACUGAGAUAACUAACUAAAUAUGUGGUCCAAUAUGUACCGGAUAGUACAGUAAAAUGCGUAAUUUCUUGAACAAAUAGCAUCAUCGUUUCGACGGGCUUGGUUGUACAGUUGAAUUUAAAAGAGCAGCUAAUUUCGUUUUGCUGCUUGCUGGAGGCUUUUAUUUUGACAGCGCACCGGAAAAUACACUUACACACGAAUCGUCGGUGGUCGAAGGUCCAGAAGUGGACUUUGUCUUUUAAGAAAUUAUUCCACUGUUCAACCUCGAUAUUGCAUGAACUGCAGGGUGAUGUUGAGGAGUGUAUUCAGGUACAUUGGGACCAAUCCUGUAGCUGGCCAAAGAAGUAUGUCUCAAAGUAGCCUUGCUGGAAAGGUCGCCAUAGUCACUGCCUCCACAGAAGGAAUUGGUCUGGCUGCAGCUCAGGCUCUGGGAAAGAGAGGAGCCCAUGUGGUGGUGAGCAGCCGGCGGCAGGCCAACGUGGACAAGGCUGUGGCGUUGCUGCAGAGCCAGAGCAUCCAAGUGACUGGCACCACCUGUAACGUUGGCAAAGCAGAAGACAGAGAAAAAUUGGUCCAAACGACUCUGGAUCAGUGCGGCGGCAUAGACAUCCUGGUAUCCAACGCAGCAGUCAACCCUUUCUUCGGAAACAUCAUGGACUCCACAGAGGAGGUCUGGGACAAGAUCCUGUCUGUAAAUGUGAAAUCAGCCUUCCUCAUUACUAAGUUGGUGGUGCCUCAUAUGACGAAGAGGGGAGGGGGGAAUGUGGUAUUUGUGUCAUCUGUGGCUGGAUACCAACCGAUGCAGGCUCUGGGCCCGUACAGUGUGAGUAAGACAGCUCUGCUGGGUCUGACCCGGGUGCUGGCCCCCGAGCUGGCCCACAGUAACAUAAGAGUCAACUGCGUGGCCCCUGGAGUCAUCAAAACCCGCUUCAGCUCCGCGUUAUGGGGAAAUGAAGACAUCAUGGACGAGUUUAAAAGCCAGCUCAGCAUCAAAAGAGUCGGAGAGCCGGAGGAAGUCGGGGGAGUGAUUGCCUUCUUGUGCUCCGAGGAGGCGUCCUACAUCACGGGAGAGACCAUCACGGUGACCGGAGGGAUUGGCUGCCGACUCUGAUUCUCCAGUGGCAACAAACUUGUGUUUUGAUCAUAUGUUGACUACACUCUUGUUGACACGGCUCAGCCACGAUACAUCUACACACUUUGAGAUGAGAGCCAAUACAAGCCACAUACAUUUUAUUUAAUUUCAACAGUGAUAAGAUGACAUUCAAUUUACAAAUAAUGAAUAAUUGUGACGGUUUUCAUUCAAUGAUACGCGCCCCGAUGUGAUGUAUAAGUACUUAAAUAUACAUGUGAUUG